GAUUUUCUAGAGUCUAAUUUUUUCGUACCAUCUUUAGUGCUUGUCUUUUAUGCACACCAUGUGUUCGAUGAAAAUACUAGCUUAAAGUUUUAAAAUCAUUUAGGUUCUGCAACUUACCCAGAAACGUAACACUCUUUUUUACUUUGAAUUUGAUUUAAAGAAUUGAUUUUUUUCGUUUCUGUUUGUUGAGGAUUUGCACAAACAUGACGCCUUGUUUCUAUGUCUCUUUCUCUCUACGUCUUUGUUUUGUUAGCUCGUGGUCGGGUAGAUGGAUCUGGGUUUGUGGAUCGAUUAAGAGUUAUCUCUUUAUAUCGAUGUUGCUUAGUGUUAACCAGUUUGACUUAGGAUUUUGAUUAUGUAGUUUUUCUGUAGAUGAGCUCAUUGUGCUCUCUAGAUGUUCGAUAAAAUGUCUAGGUGAGACUCAAACUGGAAAAAUUGCAUUCAGCCGGUUUGUUUUUUCAUUGGUGUUGUAGGGUAACGAUCUAUAGUAGGAGGUAAGAACAAGAAGACCAAAAGAUUGUUCCUAAGUUCAAUAAUCUCUAUCUCAAGCUUCUCGUCAAGAAAACAAAAUAAGGAAAGGAAUCUUGUGUAGAUUCUGUCUGUAAUAAGGGAGCCUCUCUUAAGUCAACCUUUAGCAACUCUUGCCUUUCAUAUAUCCUUCUCCACUAGUUUAGUAUUGACAAUAUACUUAGCUUCAAUUAAGCUAUUGGGAGAUCGAGUUUUUCUUAAGACCAAAGAGGCAGAGGAAAAGACUUGACUUUUGAAUAGAGAGAAUUGAGAGAUGGAUGAUAGUGAAGAAUUCUCAGAAGUUCCUAAUCUAAGCAAGUGGUUUUCGAGUUAUGUCUAUGAGUCACCGAUGUUGGAUACAAGUGAUUGUCUUGAGUUUCUUGAAGAAAGUAAAGGUACAAAAGAAAUGGAAUUAGUCUCUUCUCAUGCUAAAGACAUGUCUCAAUUGCAGGUUGAGUUUUCAGAAGGUAUAAUGAAUCUCGUCGUUGAGGACAGUGACAUAGAUGAAGACUGCAGUAUUUGGGGAAAACCUAAGAGAAAAGGUAGCAGUAUUUUUCGAAAACCUAAGAGAAAGGAAGAGACUACAACAACCUAUGAAGCUGAACUAACUUCCUUGAAGAAUCGAGUCCAAUAUCUAGAAAACGAAGUAAGGAUUUUGCAUAAUCUCAUCAACAACUUCCUUGGCAAAAGUAGUAUAUAGAAGUUAGGUUAUUAGUUUAAGUAUUGGAUUAAGACUUGUAUUAUGUAUGAAUUGAUUUUUGGUUUAUGAAAUGAUGUAUAUCUUUUGGAUGUUUA